AUGACUGUUACAGUCACGAGGGAACCAUCUGCGCCAGUCGAGGUCUCGAAAUGGGUUGUCGGGAUCGGGGUGAUCGAGGUUCUCGAGGACGAAGUGGUACUGCUCGAGGUCGACGAGGUAGACGACGAAGACGAGGUGGAAGACGAGGUGGAAGUGGCGGAGGUGGAAGUGGAGGUGGAGGUGGUAGAAGAUGUCGUUGUCGGAGCAGACGAUGUUGAUGUCGUCGAGGAAGUGGUCCUCGAGGUGGUGGUGCUGGACGUAGUCGGGCUGCUGCUGGUCGACGUGGUCGUCUCUGACGUCGUCGACACGCUCGUCGAUGUCGACGAGGUGGUAGUGCUCGUGUCGGGCAGCGAAAAGGCUGUCAGAUAG